CACGACCAAUUAAACUCGAAAACGUGGAACUCGAAACGUGGAAUAGUGUUUUUUUAUGGAGCUAGGGUGGCGUACAGUUCAUAAACAUAAACACUAUUCCACGUUUCGAGUUCCACGUUUUCGAGUUUAAUUGGUCGUGGGGUUUGUUUCCUUUUAGUUAACUGGGGCGAAGCCCCAGCCACGCGCAACAUAUUUCCAUAAAAACCACUAUUCCAAUAUGCCCAUCAAUGCCGAUUGUUAAUGUAAUUAUUUUUAAAAUACUCAGAAAACUCUUUAGACUUAACCAGCCCAGCUGAAAUGAGAAGUCCGUUAUGGUCUCCGUUCGUACUGUUCCGACCUCGCUCGCAACAUUUCGACUGAUCGAACAUUUGUAGACCGGCACGGGCCAGACGCUAGUUUCGCGCAACAGCACUGCAGCUCCCUUCUAUCGAUUUUCGUGUUCCGAUGAAAGUGUUGGGUUUCUCGGGUCUAGUUUUAGUGUUUGUGUUAAAUAAUUUGAAUGGGAUUCAUUUAUAAAACACACGUUUUCCGUGCGGUGUGAUUAAGCCUCCUCCAAGAUGACUAAAGACAGAUUGGCGGCCCUUGUCGCUGCCCAGAGCGACGAUGACGACGUCGGCCCCGACGAUGUGGCUGUCAACGUCGAAGGCCGCGACGGCUUCAUGGAUGCAUUUUUUGGCGAGGUGGAAGACAUACGAGACAUGAUAGAUAAGAUCCAAGCAAAUGUAGAAGAAGUGAAGAAGAAACACAGUGGUAUACUUUCAGCGCCGCAAAGUGAUGAAAAAACGAAACAAGAACUUGAAGAUUUAAUGGCCGAUAUCAAGAAAACUGCCAAUAAAGUCCGUGCCAAGCUUAAAGUGAUAGAACAAAACAUAGAGCAAGAAGAACAAACGAAUAAAUCGUCGGCGGAUUUGAGGAUACGGAAAACGCAACACUCGACGUUAUCCCGAAAGUUCGUAGAAGUCAUGACGGAAUAUAAUCGGACGCAGACGGAUUACAGAGAACGAUGUAAAGGGAGAAUACAAAGACAAUUAGAAAUCACCGGCAGAUCGACAACUAAUGAAGAAUUAGAAGAGAUGUUAGAACAGGGCAAUUCGGCCGUCUUCACACAAGGUAUCAUAAUGGAAACGCAACAAGCCAAGCAAACCCUAGCUGAUAUCGAAGCGCGACACGCUGAUAUUAUCAAAUUAGAAAAUUCAAUCAAAGAACUGCACGACAUGUUCAUGGACAUGGCCAUGCUAGUCGAGAACCAGGGCGAAAUGAUCGACCGUAUCGAGUACCACGUCGAGCACGCUGUCGAUUACGUCCAAACAGCGACCCAAGAUACCAAAAAAGCGUUAAAGUACCAAAGCAAAGCGAGACGGAAGAAAAUAAUGAUCUUAGUCUGCGUAACAAUCCUCGGUUUAAUAGUCACAGUCACCAUCGGAAGUUAUCUCGGACUCGGGGGCUAAUUGUAGCUCUCGACUAAUCAUCGUUCUUCUUCGCUUGCUCCAAACAUAAAAAGUUUGCAUUGUUUGUUGUUGAGACAGUUUAGGUAUUAUUUGGGGGAAACCUUGUUUCGUAGCUUAGCAGUUACUGUAAAAUAUAUAAAAAAACAAAAGGAAUGAAUCUCGAAACAUUUGCUGUAGCAAUAAUAUGUAAAUGUUGAGUUCGAACAUGUGUGAUAUUUCUUUUAGAAAUGUUGCGUACUAGUGUACAGAGUUACUGUUUUCUAUACCGUUUUUUUCGAUUAGCUUCGUAGCGAUUAGCGUAGGCUGUUGUUCUUUAUAGAGGGGUGCACACACAAUCAGUAGAUUUUGAAAGGCCUAACUCGGAAGACAGUACCUCGAACGUACAGUCGCCCGGGAUGGAAAUGACGCGUCAUUUCCAUUUUGGGCGACUGUGCCUGCGCCAUAAACACGGGUAUUGCGAUCAAGUGACGCAAGAAAUGCGGGAAUCACACAGCGUUAUUGUCUUCCGUCAUCCCUAUUGAGUUGGUUCGUCUUGAUUUGUACGUUUCUAGGCUUUCAAGGAUCUCUGUAAUAAUGAACAUAAGUCUUUCGUCAUAUUUAUGUAUAUGUAGGCGAUUUUAUACUGGACCUAAUCAUAGGCGUAGCUCCAGUAUGGCGGGAGUUAGUAAUUCACAGCAGUAGUGAAUUGUAACACCAGCGAUUCAAGUUAUAAUACGUGUCAAUUCAAUUGGAAAAUCUUUGAAACUUAUAAUAAAUUUUCUUGCAUCUUUAAGUGUCGAUGCAAACAAGUGAGAUAUUAAUGUAGUUAAUACUUUUUAUCAUGUAGGUAGUUGACAUGUAGUAGAGAUAAUAGGCUAUUUUAAGAGGAAAAACGAUGUUACACUCUGUUGAUUUUCGUUCGACAUUAGCAUAGUUUUACAAAGAAAUGGCAAUAUUUAUAUAUCGGCUCCUCUAGCCACUCUCCCAGUGAACCGCCUAGACUCGCACCAUCUUAUAAGAUCAUCGACUUUUUUAGGAUUUAUAGUUUAGGGAAUUAUCGCGGUUCAUGGCAGUGGCUAGGGGAGAAACUUGUGAUUCUCUCUGUGUGUCCUUUUCAACCUAACACGAGCACAAAUGUGAAAACACUUCAACUACGUGUCGUAGUCUAGGCUCCUGUUGUUGAAGUUCUAGUAAUUGUACACUGCAACGUUCCCUGACCACUAGCGACACCUCAUCAUUUCAUGGGACAGUCAGUCAGUAAUUGGCGCAGUCGGUAGGAAAAAUACAACACAAAUUGGCUGUCUCCAGUGCGACGCUGGUGUUGAGGGCGCAGUCCCCUCACUCGUGUGUUGUGACCUUCUUAGCUAGCGGCACCUGUGUCUAUGUCUGCUCCUUGUAACAUGUCAUGAAUGUGCACGCAAACCUCCACAAGAUGAAACCGCUAGGAAAUCACCUCAUUUCACUUGUAAAUACACUAGUUGUGACCUUAUUGCUUUCGGAAGUUUAUACAUUAGACAAUAAUACGAUGUACGAAUUAUUUCUAGAUGUUUUGCGUUACUUAAGCCGAGUCAUCGAGUCUCAUCUUGUGGACUUGUACCUAUGUAAAUUAGGAAAUUCAUUUAAAUCUAUAUAAUAUACAUAUUUCAAGUUGAA